AAAGCUGAGAAAAACAACAUUUUCCCAUUUAAUAAAAGACAGGUCAUGAGUCUGCUGUUUUUAUCCACAAUGCAUUUUUACCUCAAGCUAAAGUUGCAUUCUCCCUGAUGUAACUUUUUUAAAGUGAGAAGCAAUAUUUUCAAAUAAAAUGGCACUACAUGGCAGACUCAUUCAUGCUUAAGACAACAAAUAUAUCAAAUCCAGCUUAGCAUAUGACAGAGCUGAAACAAUUAGUUUAUUAAUCGAUGAGUCAAACAGAGUCAUUUUUUAACCCAAAUAAUGAAUAAAUUAAUCAAGAAUACUCAGCAGAUUACUAAAUAACGAAAAUAAUUGUUAGUUGCAGCCCUGUUAUAUAAUAUCUACAUCUACUCUAUUUGUAGUCUAUCACAGCUGACAAUAAUCAAUGGUUCCAUAGAUAUCAGGUUCAUUUUCACCUCCCUCAAUGGAAAAUCAUAUCAUCCUAAUUGCCAUAACUUAACCAGGAAAGAAUUGAAUACAUUGUUAUUCUCAGAUUAAACAUUCAACAGGCAGUCUACAAUAACUAAAACAAUAACUUAUCAAGGUUAUUAACGAGUUAAAUUACUUAUUUAACAUUUCUGUUUAACAAAUAGGAAGAAUUUGCCACUGAAGAUGCUCGUCUUAAAAUUAAAUGUUUGGGCUCAUUUCCUCAAAUGUCCUCUAGGGGGUAGUAAUGCCCAGAGCAGCUUUAUGUAAGCCUGACAUUCCCCAGGCGAAAAAGACGAACAUGUUAGCUUGGCAGACAAUCACAAAGUUGGUGAAAUUAUUACACAGUGCAAUUUUCUUGGCUAAAGUUAACACAAUAUACAUUUUAGCAGGUCCUAUGAGUAGACAUGGGCCUGUAAUAGACGGCAGCCACUGAACGAAACCAGUAAAACGCAUAUUAUUGACUACGCCUGCGCACUCCCAACACAAUAUCGAGCCGCCCUUCAUCCCCGCCAACUUCCACCGCAGGGUCGGGCGGACGUCGACUCACAACAACCCCGAGUUGAUUUGCUCAUCUAAUUGAAUAUUUUCCAAGACAAAAUGGAGAGCCUACAUCGCAUCGAAAACGAUUUGAGUCUUCUGCUGCCGUCUCUUCGCCUCUUCAUACCUCCUCUGCGCCUGGUGUCUGCAGCCAUGUGGCAGGUCGUCCAGAGGGGAAAUGUGCAGGACUAUGGGAUGGUGGAGGAGUUCAUCAGCACAGUUUCAGAAAUUGUACCUGAACUUUUGAAUGCAGAUCAGAAAGCUCAACUCCUCCUGGGACUCAGAGCACGGGUGGUUCUUGAAUUGUGUCGGGCCGAGCAGAUAAUGGAUACUGAAAUCAUCGAGAUGCACCUGGAGCGGAUCAAGGCCCUCGUAUCCACUUGGGCAGCACAGCCAUGUUUUGCAGAGGUCGAGUUUCCAGAGUCAAACUUUGUGGAUCAAGUUGAAUUGCUGUUGAAAGACGCUGAAGAGAAGGAGAGGUUUUUCCAGGAUGUUUUUCCUACAGAUUUUGGGCCAGAAUAUGACAGCGCUCUACAGGUGCUAAUGCUGGAUUUCCUGUCGAGACUGGAGAAGCUUAUUCCAGUACCAGACAUUCAGCAGACUGCAUCCAUGCUCAGCGCUGUCCCAUCUGCCCUGGAGGAGUGUGUGCACUCUGUUCCUGACCCACAGCACCUGAAAACUGUGCUCCUGUACCACACAACACUUGGACAUUUUGAUUUAUCUGAUGAGACUCAGACCAUUCCUUCUUCCUUUGGGAAUUGCAUCCUCUCUUCGCUGUCACUUCCUCAGCUGGAGAAGGUUGUAAUUGAUGCAGACCAAAUACAGUUACAGCCUCCAUCAGAGCAGAUGCAAGGUUGUAUGACUGUCCAGGUGGAGGGUGAAACUGUGACACUCUUGGACUACAUACAGAUCGAACAGCCGUCAGGUUUGGUUGAGCCUGAUGAUCAAGAAGAAAAUGAAGUAAAUGAGGAGGAAAUUGCUGGAGACGAAACAAACGAGGAUGUCAGUGACGCCCUAAAGCCAGCAGCUUUUCAACCACUGAAACAAAGCAAAAGGCUCCAGUUGAAGAGGAAAGCUUUAAAAGAAAAGAAAGACUCGACAGCUAAGAGGCAAAGAAAAAAAUACCCCAAUAAUAAGACAUGUCCUGUGUGCAAUAAGAUUUUCCUGCGGGCUGCUGCCAUGAGGCGACACCAGGAAACUCAUUCUGCCAAUCGGGAUCUCAAGUACAAGUGCGCCAACUGCGACAAACGAUUCAGGGACCAUUACGACAUGAACCGACACAACAUGCGCGUUCAUGAAAGAGAUGAGAUGAGUAACAGUGGUAAAGAAGAGGCCUCGGGAGAUCCUAGCACUUCUGAGAUGUCAGAAAACAAAAAUUGCACUCUGUGUGGGAAGUAUUUUGCCCGUCAAGUAGACAUGGAGCGACACAUGAAGUCCCACUCAGAGGACCGCCCCUAUAGCUGUACUUUCUGUGAGAAGAAAUUUAAGAACCCUUAUGUUUUAAAGAGACACCAGAAGGAGAUUUGUAAGAGCAGAGAGCUGAAAAGGCCAAAGAGGAGAGAGGCACAGCGCUCAAAUCCACAGCCACCAUCAGAAGGGUCGACAGAGGGCAAAAUCUGUCCCAUCUGCAGCAGGAUCUUACCUUGCACUGCAGACAUUGCAAAGCAUUUACGAUCUCACACGGAAGAGCGUCCUUUUAUUUGCAUCACUUGUGAGAAAGGCUUCAAGUACAAGGACACAUUGAAGAAGCAUCAGAUUAUUCACGGUCACGAGGGGAUUAGAGAGGAACAGUGCAAGACGGUGGAACAAAUUUUGGCUGAAGCUGACACUCAAAAUUGUAGUGAUACAGGUAAUAAAAAAGAAAAUAAUCCGGAUGCACCUGCAGACACUUCGGAGGGGUCUCCAUCUGGGGCUGUGAAAAAAGUAAACAAAAAAGGCCUUAAAGUAUGUCCUGUCUGUGCUAGGGCGUUCGACAGUGUUAAAACACUGAACAGGCACAUACAGUGUCACACAGAGGACCGGCCUUAUCAUUGUAUCCACUGCAAGAAGCGUUUUAAACACAUGCACGGGCUCAAAAGACACCAGAUUUAUGCCAUUUGUCAUAAGAAAAUCGCUCGAUUCUCGUGGAAAAAAGAGCCGAGAGCGGGGCCCAGCCAAAGCGAAGUAACCAGCGCUGAACCCCAACAGGGGCCUCCUCUGAAAAUACCUGUGUGGUGUUCAAACUGCGGCAAACACUUUGAAUACCCGUCCGCUUUGAAGGAGCACCAAGAAAACGUUUGCAAAGUAGAAGUGAGUGAAAUCAUGAAAUGUGACGACUGCGGGAAAGAAUUUAAGAGCAUGACCAUGCUCAAAGUGCACCAGAGGAUUCACGAUCCGCUUUACUGCAAAGAGUGCGGGAAGAUACUUGCUAACGAGCCUGCUUUUGAGAGGCACAAACUCAUGCACAGACCGAUGCAGUGCACAAUGUGUGAUAAGACUUUUACUUUACUGAGACGCUUGAGGGAACACUACGAGAAGCAGCACGACUUCAACGGACCAUAUCCUUGUGCUCAAUGUGACAAAACCUUCAUGCAGCUGUCCUACCUCGCCAUCCACCAGAGAAUCCACAAAGGAGAGUUUCCUUACAUUUGCAACAUGUGCCCAGAGAAGUUCAGGUCUUCCAACUGUCUGACAGUUCAUCAGAGGAAACACACCGGAGAGAAACCCUUCCUGUGCUGGCAGUGUGGAAAAUGUUACCGUUCGGCCUCAGAGCUCACGGUGCACAUGGGAACCCACUCCGAGGAGAGACCCUGGGCCUGCACACAGUGCGACAUGGCUUACCGCACGAAGCUGCAGCUGACGAACCACGUCGAACAAAUCCACAUCGGCGUCAGGUAUCCCUGCAACAGCUGUGGGAAGCAGUUCAUGAAGGAGACGUCCCUGAAGAGGCACGAGCUUAUCCACACAGGCGAAAGGCCACACCAGUGUACAGUGUGCGGUAAGACCUUCCUGACCGCCAACGAGCUCAGGCUCCAUAACAGGUAUCACACCGGGGAGCGCCCGUACAAGUGUGAAGAGUGUGGAAAAGCCUUCAUUCAGUCGGGAUAUUUGAAGUCGCACAUGCGCAUCCACACAGGAGAGAAGCCAUUUAAAUGUGACAUAUGUGAUAAAGGCUUCCGGCUGUCUUAUCAUAUGAAGAAACACCGGCGGACCCACGCCGGGAAGCCAAAGAGCUACAUAUGUGAGGAGUGCGGGUUAGCGUUCCUCCAUAAAAAGUCCCUUUGGGAGCACUCGCUCACUCACAACGUGAAAAUCGAACCGUCAUUCACCAGUGAAGUGAGAACAGACUUUCAGUAGAAAUCAUUGUUUUUUUCAUGCAGGUUGUUUUGUUUUUUUAAGAUAUUGAGGAUAAGUUCUGAGCUGGUAUCGUGGUCACCAAAAAAACUUAAUUUCUACAUUCUUGAUUUGCUUUUUGUUAUUUUUUAUUUUGACCAAUUUUGUGUUCUUCUUUUCCCUCCUUGUUGCUUUACUGUGUUGAUUUACAUGUUCUAUAAAGCAUACUGAUGAGGUAUAAGGCUGAUGCACAUAUUGAAAGCCAAUGAAUCAUUUCUGCUUACACAGCUUUUUGAAAUAAAUCUAUCUUGAAUGUAA